GUGGUUUUGUCACCGCCGUCAUCACAGCUGUAAUUGACAGCAGCUUUCGAAAACGAACUCAAGGUUGCGAAACAUUAUAAUAAUCUAAUAGAAUGGACUUUGGAGAAAUGUAAUAGUUAUCAAGCGUAAAUCUGCAGACCCGCACGCGUUCGCCACGGCCGCAGUCUUGUCAGUCUGUCUAGAUAAGAUAACAAUCGAAAAUAUUCCGUGAAUAGUAAAAACAGUGAAGUUUCAGUGAAAUGUCUUCGAUAGUAGACGAUAUUUGUGAACUCUUGGACAGCUACAAUGGGAGAGACAAGGUGGUCCGUCUAGCUUGUUAUGCAUGCAAACUGUAUGGAUGUGUCCAAGAUGAGAAGCCGUGGCAAGCGGCCGGCUCGCGCCUCUCCAGCGCCCGGAUGAUGCUGCGGCUGUUCGAUGACAUUCCCAUGAUUAGACACACUUACAACUACGGAUUGGGAAGACAUGAAGCAACCACAUCAGCAGCAGCGCUAGGUGUGAUAGCCAACAUGGUGGACCAAGCAUUCCUACCAGUAGAGAAAGCCUGCUGGUUAUACGAGGUUGGCGUUCUGAAGCUUAGUGACAAGAAUGCUACCACACUGGACACAGUCAGCACGACGUUGUGGGCGGCUAGUCUUAUUAUAUCGCUUAUACAAACUUCAAGCUCAAUACGAAAGCUAUGGUGGAGUAGAGAAUGCUUACAAAAGGCUUCAGAAGACGGCGGAGCUGACGCCCGACGUCAUUUAGACGUCAGACUGAUGCUAGAGUCCAUAGUCGCAGGGAAGCUAUGUCUAGACAUUACUCAUGCUAUCAGCUGCCUUCCCGCCGGAUGUUUGUGGGGCGAGAAGAUCGGUUCAACUAAAGUAGCCACUAUAGCAACCACGUCAUCAGUUAUAGGUAUUGCCAUGUAUUUCGCGAAGAGACGACUGUUAAAAUAAAUUGUUUUUGGUAGAAAUCAGUGAUGUCUAAGGUUUUAUCGAGCGUGGUUCACAUAGGACGAUAUAUCGUCUGCUCAAGAACAGAAGAAUUACUAGUAUUUGGAAGGUUUUAAUAAAAUUGAAGUUUUAUAUUGUAUUGAGGUUGGCAGGUUCAACCUAUUUGUGAUUUGAAUAGCAUUUUAUAGGGGGUGACAUGGUUAUAUAAAAAUACCUUUUUGAGUAAAAAUUGUUUAUUUUAAAAUGUUGUCUUAUAUAAUUAUGCAACAAAUUAAAUAUGUACAUAAUAUAACUGUAAGUAGAUAUACAUUUACUUCAAUUGAUGUACCUUAUUAAGUUUUUAUCGUCUAAAUGCCGUAUUAAUUAGAAAAACGACUAAGAAAUAUCAAUUUGUUUCGGAUUCUUUUGAAGGACAAUUAUUUUAUCUCUGUAAUAAAUUAGUUACGUUAAGUCAUUCUAUAUGGUAAUAGCAAUCCGCAGUAAAUAAUGCAACGAGCACAUUUUACAAAAGAAGGAUAGUUACUAGACCAUAAAUUACUGUUUAUGAUUUUUCCAAUAUUUUACAGGGUAUUGCACAACACAGAAGUGUAGUCGUUAGAUUUGAAUUAUUUUUCUAUGUACCUGUUUCUGUAUUAUUUGAUACCAACUAGUUAUGUAUGUUAAGUAUUCUUAUAUAACACUGAGUUGAGAAAACACAAAUUACUAGUUAUUGUACAAUAUAUUCUACAGUUUAAUUAUUAGUUUAUUUUAUGAAAAGUUAAUACAAAAUUUUAAAUGGAA